AUGCAACUUAGGCCAAUAAGUUCACUGGCUCGUGGCCCGACGUCUGUCGACCUCGACUUCGACUUCACCGAAGAUAACACCAAGUACGACGCGGUCGUUUUCCUGAAUAACUCAGGUAUAGUGCUCGACGAUACCGGAAAAGCAGCAUUACAGAAUUACUUGAAUCUCAGCGGGAACUUCGUCGGCAUUCAUUGUGCAGCAGACGCACUUCGUGGCACUCCCUUCUUUGGAAAUCAAAUCGGGGCCUACUUCGACUACCACCCUCCUCUCCAGGAGUCGGUCGUUGAAGUAGUGAAUAAUACGCACCCGAGUACGGCGGGACUGCCAGCUAGAUGGAGACCCCUAGAUGAAAUGUAUAACUUCCAGUCCGAUCCUCGGGCGGUCGGCGCUCAAGUCCUGCUUACCGCGGAUGAAUCGAGUUACUCUGAUCCAGGCCAAAGAAGGUUCGAUCACGGAAUGCCUCGCCCCAUUGCCUGGUACCAGGAAUGUGGCGCCGGUGUCCAGCAGGGGUGCGUUGCUGGUCGCAGUUGGUACUCUGGUCUUGGUCAUACCAUCGAGAUUUGGAGCGACGAACUCUUCUUGGGGCAUGUCCUCGGCGGCAUUACAUGGGUGUUAGCUUCCAAAACCACUCGCGCAUUCAACAAGGAGGGCAGAGUCGGAAAUCCGCCAACCGAGGUGUAG